AUUCAACACAAAAUUGUAGGUCCAAAAAAUUGGGGUCUGCUGGAUAGUAAAUGGCGAAUGUGCAGCAACGGUAAAUUGCAAUCACCGAUUAACAUCGAGCUCAAGAAACUUAUUUAUGACGCUCACUUACCUCCGUUAGUAACUGAUGAAAAUCUGGUGUUGAUCGACCAAGUAAAUACUGGUCAAAUGCCCCGUAUUCGGGUGGCUAAUACUGCACGAUGGCCCAGUACAAAUAUCACAGGCGGACCUCUAGGAACCUAUCGAUACCGCUUGCUCAGAGUUGAUAUUCAUUAUUCCAUGAAUGAAUCAAGCGGAUCAGAGCACUCAUUUGACUUUCAGCGACUCCCGAUGGAGCUUCAAGCGAUAGCGAUUAACAGUGAAAUUUAUGGCAACUUUUCUGCAGCGCUCAAUAACCCGCAUGGAAUUGUUGGCAUCUCUGUUUUCGUUAAGAAAUUAUUAGAACAAGCCGUGGUAAUCAAAAACUUUGCACUGUGGAAGCUGUUACCGACGAAUGCAGGAUACAUCACAUAUGAAGGAUCUAUGACUUCACCCGGCUGUCAGGAGACCGUAACGUGGAUCCUUCUCAACCAACCUCUUUAUAUUACACUUCAAACACUGAAUAUCUGGAGAGGGUUACAGAAAAGCUUUAUAACUUCUGCUAACCCUUCUUAUAUUGCACCAAACUAUCGAGGUACUCAGGAUACUCAUGGUCGGAUUGUUAGAACAAAUAUAAGACUGAACUCAAAAGUAAGCAUUUAA